UUUUCAAAAGUUAUCCCGAAACAUGCAUCCGGUUUGUGAUUACUCGGGUGGUUUCUAGAAAUAUCGCGUGCUUACCAACAGCGCUUAAUACAGCUUUCAGCCUCAGAGAAAGCCAGUGCUGUUGUUGAGCUGCUGUGAAAGAAAAUGGCAAAGUGGGGUGAAGGAGACCCACGCUGGAUAGUUGAAGAGCGUCCCGAUGCGACGAACGUGAAUAAUUGGCACUGGGUGGAGAAAGAUGCCACAGGGUGGUCCAGGGACAAAUUGAAGGACUUGUUCGUUGGCCUAAAAAUUGAGAACGAGAAAGGUUUUUGUGAAAUAUUAGAACUUACAAAGACAGAAGGUGAAGCUUCAGCAAACAACAGAAAAGCAAAACUGAUCUUUUUCUAUGAAUGGGUUAUUGCAGGAACUUGGGAAGGUAAAUUAACAGAUAGUCAGAAAAAGAUUAAGGGAAAAUUUGAAAUUCCAAAUCUUAGCGAAGAAAAUGAACCUUCUGAAAUUGAUAUAAUGAUCACAACAGAAAAGGAAACACAGGAGGCAUCAUUAGUAAAAGAGAUAAUGAGGUCAACUGGAGUAGAGAUCAUUCGAAUGCAGAUUGAAAAAUAUAUCAAAGAUCUUAAAGAUGAGUACAGCCAAGGCAUUAUCCUUCCCUCUAGAAAUGGUAACAUUGCACCUGCUGUGGUAGACACCAAAAACAAGGAGAACACUGCCAAGGCAGAAAUGAACAAGGUUGUGCAGACCUCAACUGGAACAUCAGGCAGUUCUGCUGGAGUUCGAAUCCCAACAACCACAGUUACCAUGAAAGAGAAAUUUAAAUGCACUUUAGCAGAUUUAUAUCGGGCUUUGACAGUCAAAGGGCUUGUUCAAGUGUACUGUGGCAGUGACAUAGUCUUUGAACCUGCCAAGGGUGAACGCUUUGUGCUGAUGGGCGGUAAUAUCACAGGGGAAUUUAUAGACCUGAUCCCAGAGAAGAAGCUGUCAAUGCGCUGGAGAAUGAAAACAUGGCCAGAUGAACACUAUUCUGUGGUGACAAUAGAAUUAGAGGAGGCAGAUGACUGCACAAGACUGACACUUAAACAGACAGGCAUUCCUGCUGGGGAAGUGGACAGAACGAAGGAAGGGUGGCAACUCAAUUUUUGGCAACGUAUCAAGCAAGCGUUUGGCUUUGAAGCACGAUUAUACUGACAAAGUAGAUACUGAAAGAAGUGAUAUAAGUAUAGUUAAAUUAAUGACCAAGGAUUCCUGGUACCAGAAUGGUUUCCAUGUGUGUAACCAAGUUGCAGCAUGGUUCCAACAGGCAAACAUCCACUUGUCUGAAAUUCAUGAAUAAAUUUGUGACCUCAUU